UUUUCUCUCCGUGUACUCUCAAACUUUCUAUUUUCAGAAGCCGUCGCUCAAUCGAUAAAUCUGGGUUUGCAUACUUGCUCAUCCUAACGACUCAAUUCUACUGCAAAAGAUUGGUAUGUGGUAUAUUAGAAUGUGCAUGACCCGUAUCAAAUUGCUUUACAGACUACGUAUGACAAACUCUCUGUGUUGAAUCCUAAAGAAAUGCUCACAAACGAAGAUAUUGUGUUGCGUAGACUACAAAAGACUAAGGAACAGCGACUCGCUGCUAGAAAUUCACGACGUCGCACUAGAUAUGCACAAAUGUCAGCUGAGAGAAAGCAAUCAUUUUUGUUGCAACUGCAAGCUAAAAGAGCUGAAUCAAAAAGGCGGCGACUUUCUCAUCUUUCAAGUAAUUCACCAUUUUUGAUGGAAAUUGAUAUUCAACCUCACAAACAAAGUGCUCUUCCAAUUGUUGAUCCUUCAUUAGCUUCUGAAGAAGGUCAUGAUUCUGCAGCUACAAAUAUACCAAUUAUUGUCGAUGAAGAAAAUAAUAUGAAUGGUCGCAGCUCCAUCCUUGAAGUCCGUGAGUCCAAAAAUAAUACUUCAAAUAUUCCAACUGUAACUAUUCCAAUAUUAGGAUCAGGAUCAGCAUCAGGUGCAUUUGGAAAAGUUUCUACUCCAGCAGUUACCGCAGAUAGAGGAGCCUCUGCUGUGGCAGUCCAACCGUUUGUUGGGACCAAUACUCAACAACCUAAUAGAAUGCCACAUGGUGAACUUAAUUCGAUCACUAAGCCUGAGCGGAGUCUUGCACUGCGAUUUAAGAACUCCAAUCUUUGGAAAGUAUUUGAAUCUAUGAAUGAAUUCGCCAAACUUCCACAAAGUCCACACUUUUCGCCCUUUGCACAGUAUGAGGAGGAGAAACGAGAAGAAGCAGCUUUACAGCAGAUGAUAAAGUAUGUUCUUAUCGUUGAGAAGAUUCCAGAGUUAACAAUUGCUGAACUUAGUCAUUCAACUCUCAUUAAUGACAUGCUUGCAUCUUUCAAGGACUUGGAGGAGUAUGGAUUUGAUGUAAUGCCUAUUAAACGGCAUCUGAAUGAUUUGCUGCUGGAGAACGAGAAGAAAGCUCAGCUUCGAGGCAAGUUGGAAGAAGUAGAGGUCAGAAUCAGAAAUCACAAUCUUAAGAAAGCGAAAACUGAAAAUGAGAUUGACAAGAUUGGUAUGAAGAUAAAAGAUUUAGAGAAAGAACUUAUGUCAACCAAGGACGAAUACAUUUUAGCCAAGAACGUGAAAGAGACAAAGGAUCGCGAUAUCAUGGUAUUGAGAUCUGAAAGGGGUGUCAUUUAUGAUGAUAUUCGUCAUCUCCAGGUAGAUAACGAAAGGAUAGUAGCUUCAAUGAAGCAAACCUAGUAUUUGUUUAUAUGGGGGCAAAUACAAUUUCAGUUUUUGUAAAUACUGAACUUCAAUGUAAAUAUUUAGGGUGAAAAUCAGUUCCCCCCUCCAACUUUGAUCAAAAUGGUUCAAGCAACAACUAGCAUGCUACAUAGUAUUGUUGAUCUGCUA